AUGUCAAAUUUUUUCAGUUUACUGCUGACUGCUAUCUGCUCAUUUGCAGCACUCAUACUAGCCUGUAUUGCAUGUGCAGGCUCUACUAAGAAUUAUAGCCCCAUUAACAAAAUAUAUGCAGCUCAGAUAAACCUUUCGGAGCUGAAUACAUCAACUGUCCUUGGCUCUGCGACCAUAUCUGAAAUCAGCGACAUAUUGCCUUCUUAUAUCAACAUCGGUUUAUGGUCAUACUGUAUUGAAGACUCAUCAAAAGCUGUCACUUCCUGUACUUCCCCCAGUGGAAUUCAAAAUUUUAAUUUGGAAGAUCUUAUCUACGAUAAUAUCGAGGAUAAUAACGUUCUCUCUACAAUAGACUCCAUCGCUGACAUCAUAUUACCUGAAAAAUUACAAACUGAAUUGGGCUAUUACAAUCGUAUCAUUAAAUGUAUGUUUAUUACCCUUUUGAUAGGUAUUGUCACUAGUUUUCUAUGCAUAGUCCUCACUUUCCUUAGAUGCAUCAUUCAUUUGACUUUAAUCAAGGUAUUUGGUGUGUGUAUGGCACUAAUAGCCUUCUUCUCCCUAUUGAUCAGUGCGGCAACUGGUCUAGGAACAUACAUUUUCAUCCGUCACAUCUUAAAUAAUAACUACAGCGAUUAUGGCAUCAGUUUAAGCUUGGGUUUGAAUUAUUUUGCUCUGGCUUGGGCUGCAGUUGUAGCUGCUCUACUCAACAUUUUUGCCUGGUCGUUCGUUAUUCGUCGUAGACAAGUUCAGAUGUAUGCUGCUCCAAUUGAAAAGAGACCAUUACUUUAG